AUGAAAUCCUCAAACCUCACCCGAGGCGUCUUCCGCGCCAUUCUCCGCAACAAACCUUACCUGCCAGUGUCACGGAAUUGUGAAAGACGCUUUGGGAGGCGGGUUCCGCAUCGAUUUGAUGCAACCACAUAUAAUCUACAUCAACGACGUGGUCUCUUCGGCUUGAACUUCGGGAACGCAGAAAACAGCUUCCAUGGCGCCAGAGGCACACCGGCGAAUGUUGAACGUGCUUUGAGCAAACUAGUUGACGUCGUCAGAGCGAGGAGGACCGACUCUCGGCUGCCUCCUGAAGAACAGAUUGUCGACGCUUUCAGGUUUCUCUUCGCCUCGCAGGUCGAGUCACCCCGCCCCUUGACGAGAAACGAGGUCUUCCUUGCUACCGAGGCCUUCAAACAUCUUCAAGAGCGGGGGCAUAUCUUAUCCGGAAAUCCAAAGACGAGCUUGUCAGAGGAAGAUCUUGAAAAUGUUCUACUGGCGUUGGCAUCAUCAAGUGGCAGAGAGAGGUUUCGAACGGACGCUCGAACGCUUGCAACGUAUAUCUUUGAUGCCCUCAAGGAGAACUUUGGUGCUGCUGCAGACCUACGUCCCCCCUCCGAGCAUGGACAAUAUCCUGCCCAGGAAUCGCUGUUGGCCACCUACAUCACUGUGCUAUCCAGCACUGGAUCAUCCCACGACGCUCUGGAACUUCUGCGACAAUACCCUGAAAGCUCGGAACGGUAUAGCCUUCCACUUUGGGUUGCUGUGUUGAAAGGGCUAGCAAAGGAGGGUAAGAUCCAAGAGUUCUGGGAUGCAGUAAGGGAAGCCCAGAACACUGUCGGUCCUUUUGAUGCUGUGUCUCAGGAAAUAUUGACGACCUUCUUUGCCGAGCACAAUGAAGUCCAUCAGCUAAAGAAGCUAUUUGACCUGCCGUUGGAGGACGGUCAAGUUCCUACAACAGCUUCUCUGGUCAAAGCUGUCGAUUGCGCUAUAGUAAAUGGCGAGCUUGAGUGGGCCUCACGGUUGGUUCCAACUUUACAAGGACGGACCGACUUGGGCGACAUGGCAGGAACAUUAUUGUUGUGGCACGCUGUCCAUCACUCCAAUGUCGAGCAUAUCCGCCGCAGAAUCGAGCAGUUGGCGGAGUCUGGCGUCACAGACGCUGUCAGCAUGAAAGCGAUCAACCGACUGAUUGACUAUGCUUAUUCGCAAAACGAGCCGGAUGAUGCUUCCCAUUUCAUACAACUAGCAGAAAGUCUGGGAUUGAGACCUGAUGCAAAAACUCGGUCUCUACAGUUGGCUUAUCAACUCAAAAGGGGAGAUCGUGCAGCAGCAGCCCAGACAUUUGAGCUGCUGUCCCGGGAAGAUCUCCCGGCUGAUCGAUGUGACGUCCCCGUCCUUAACCACUAUAUAUCGGCGCUCUCUUUCUCUAAUGACCAUGAGUAUACCAGACUCAUGCAAGUGGUUGAUCAUGUAUUGGAGAGCGGAGCCGAUCUUGAGGCCGAGGCAAUUGCUGGCUUGUGCCACGUCUUUCUUCAGAAAGACGAACUUGAAGAGGCAACUGGGCUGUUGAGACAUCGCUUGGAUUUCUAUCCGAUGGAUGAGCGAGCACGCAUUGCUGCAGUGUUCCGCCAGUUCAUCGUUGAUCCGGCCGUCAAGGCUCAGCGGGCCUUCAAUGCCUAUGAGCUUUUCCGUCAUGCUUUCCCAGAAAGCACUGUCCAGGAGAGGUUGCCUUUGAUGCAAUCAUUCUUUGAUAGGGGUCGUCCCGAUCUCGCAUGCCUGGUCUUUGGCCAUAUGCGGCAACAAGAAGACCCCCAAGCUCGUCCAACUGCAGAUGCGUACGCAAAGUGCUUCGAAGGCGUCGCCAAGUGUAAAGACAUUGACGGUUUGCAAAUGGUCUACAACAUGUUGAAGCUUGACCUGCAGGUUGAGCAGACCACGCGGAUCCAUAACGCCCUUAUGGCUGCUUAUACCGAGUGUCUUCAACCUUUUGUGGCCAUUAUCGAUCAUUUCUGGAAGAUCAUGGACUCUCGCGAAGGUCCCACUCUGAGCUCCUUCAUGCUCGCGCUUCGAGCCUGUGAGAAGUGGAUCCCUCAAGGUGGGCACCAAGCUAGACAUAUCAUGGCGCUUAUGCAAAGCUUCAACCUCAACAUCACCAAGGAGAUUUAUGACUGUUACAUUGGCGCGUUGGCCGGUCAGUCCGAAUUUGAAAACGUGGUCGAGUUGAUCGACAAUAUGGAAAAUGACAUCGGCGAACCUCCUGACGCCUUCACCAUCGGAACCUUCUACAAUGCCAUUCCAUGGCAGUACCGAAAAGAUGAGGUUGAGGACUGGGCCAGAAAGGCUUAUCCCGACUUGUGGGAAGAGUUGGAGUCGUAUGGAGACGAAAUCGACGAGGAAUGGGAGAUCAGAUAUUUCAAGAUCGACCGAAGUAUAGACAUGGACGACGAGCUUUUGUUUGGGCCAGGCGAGUAUCACCCCGCACUCGCUGAGGAAACGAAGACCAUGUUGGAAACGCCAGCUACGUGA